AUGAUAACAAAGAAGAUCAAUAUUUCAUGUGCCUGGGGUGGCCAUUUGGCUUGUAUUUUGCUCAAAAAGCACGUUCCAUCAGCAAUCUCACAGCCGACGAAGAAGAUCAUUGGUAUUCACGGAUGGCUUGAUAAUAUUAAUUCAUUAUUUCCAAUAGCGAGAAGACUGGUAGAUCAGCAACUGAACUACGAAGUCUGUCUCUAUGAUCGAGCUGGUCAUGGAUUUUCUAGUCAUUUUCCACGAGGAACUGAUUAUUCGUUUGCGUCUAAUCUCUUAGACUUACGCACUAUUAUUCAAAAUCUCGGUUGGAAUAAAGAGAAAUACUCGAUAAUUGGACAUAGUUAUGGAGGAACCCUAGCGUUAAUAUAUGCCGCAGCCUAUCCAAAAGAAAUUGCAUCGCUUGCAGUUCUUGAACCAUUUGCGGGAAGCGAUUAUUCAUCAGAGAAAACAUGGAAAUCAAUCGCUACUCGUAUUGAAAAUAAUUUACAAUAUUUUAAUCAACCGCCGAAAACAUAUAAAGGUCACUUAACACAUGAAAAGGCUGUGGAAUUAAUUAAAAGUUCGAGAAAUGGUAUCGAUGAUCAAUCUGCAAAUCUAUUGGUCGAGCGAUCCGUUCGGCAAGAUGCAGAUCAAAAACUUUAUUUUACACGUGAUGGCGGAUUAAACAAUUUGCAAAUCACGCCGAUUAGUCAUGAGAUAGUGACAAAAGCAAUUGAACGUAUUCCAGCACCAAUUCUUUUUCUAGGCACAACAGAGCCUCAAUGGCCGACCAGUAACAAUUUGAUUCCGUUACUACAAUCACAUAAUCCAAACUUUGAAGUGUUUCUAGUGGAUGGACCUCACCACUUUCAUAUGACACACGUCGAUACUGUCUCCGAUCGAAUUGAACAGUAUUUUCAAAAACAUUUGAAGGAAUAA